UAAAUAUUCACAACAUCCCACUUUCACUUAACAGUUGUUAAUUUAUACCAUAUGAAAAUCGAUAUUGUAAUUUUUUAUUUUGUACCAUACGAUAUCAAUAGGCUGUAUGAGCUAGAUCCUUAUUUGUUAUUAAUUUCAAUCAAACAUUGACAGAUUUUCAUUUGACAGUUACUCUAAUUGGCCGUUUUGUUUUUGUGUACAUGUUUUGUGGUUGAGUUGGGUGUUGGUUUAGUUGUUUUUAUAAUUCUUAAUUAUCUAAACAAAAUGACCAUUAAGAUAUGUUUUUUUUUAAUGCUUUGUGCGUUGCCAGCAGGUUUUUGUGUUAGGUGUUAUCAAUGUGCAUCUUUCCAAGAUGCUAAAGGAGAAGACACAUGUGGUGCAUACAAGAAAUUCGAUAGAGAUACCCACAUUGCAGUAGAAUGCAGUAGUGAAGAAUCCCACACUCCUGGAUCUUUCUGUAUGAAACUUACUCAACAGGGUCCUAAGGGUUUCAUUUGGGAUGGCAGAUGGCGUCAAGUGAUACGCCGUUGUGCAUCAGUCGCAACCACUGGAGUCACCGGUGUAUGUAACUGGGGAGUGUAUGCAAACGGUGUCUACUGGGAAGAGUGUUACUGCUCAUCAGACGAAUGUAACAGUUCUGUUAAUGUCAAAUCAUCUAUGUCUUUAUUAUUGUCAGCUUCCAUAAUGUACUUUUUUUAUUAAUAAUAGAUUAAGAUAACUAUU